CAUCGGUCAUUGUAGCAUACUAUCUGUCGGCAGGAGUGACAUACGUAAAUGAUCGUACCAUCUAUAACCCGAUCCUCGCUCUGGGCAAUGCGCAAUAUAUAUUUAUUACGGCCCCGCCAUUGAUGAUGAUGUUGCUAAGAGAUACGGCUACAGAGGUAAAACCGGAAGUGGGUUCCAAGUGACAGAGAUACAGACAUGGUGCCAGACGCUGACAGUGGACUGCCAGGGACAGAACGGAGAACGGCCGGCCUGGAACUCACAUCCACCAUUCUGAGGACAUGUAUUACGACAUUGAUCGUAGUAUUGAUGCAGUGUUGUGGUGUUGUUGAAGGUGGUAAUCGAAUGGUUUCCCUUGACAACUACACCUGUCAGUUCGCGGUCUAUGACAUCAGCCUCCAGACGUCAUACUCAGUAUCAUGGGAUGGGAGAGUUCUUCCCAGACUCUGUCGUCUGGGUUUCCGGGUACCAAACGUCAAUUACUACCAAAUCUGUGUUUCCGCCGCCAAGUAUGACGUCACGGAUUGCGGCUUCACCAUGCAGUACUAUCAUGGGCUUUCAACACAACCGAACAGAAACUACACCUGUACAACGCCACCUGUCCGAUACUGUGUCAACUCUACUCGUUACUUUUACCUUCACUUCACGGCAAAGCAGGCGUCAUUGUCUCACGUCACCAUCGAUAUCAUAGCCAAAGCCAGGCAAAAAUCAAGUCAAAGAUCGAGCUCAAUGAUGGAGGUACUUGUAGGUGGUCUAGCCAGUAUCCUGUUUGUUGGAUUUUCCUGUUUCGUGUUUGGAGCUCGAAGCAAAAACCCCUGUCUGUGCUUACGGAAACUCUUUGGUCAGUUCGAUGCCUGUCGUCCAUGUGUUACCCGUAUGGAGUCAAAUGGAUGUGUUCCUCCCCAACCGGAAGCUCCGUCAUCAAACAGAAUACCACGUGGGGAGUGUUGCUCUCAUUCAGCUUGUUGUAUUCUUCUUGGUUGUGCCAUUACCGGAAACGUCGAACGAACGCAAGGACAAACGUCAGGCACGACACAUGACCGUGCAGAUCAUAUCAUCACAGACCAGUCAGAGCUAGACCAACCACCACCCUACAAUUCUCUAACGACAGACGGAAGGAGUGACCCGUCCGAAAUUAUCCAACCACCACCAAUAUGGAUUCAGAUGUCUCCGCCUCCUUACGAAGCCCCGCCCCCUUCCUACGAGGACAUUAUCAGCAAUAAGUGACAAUAGACAUCUUUGUUAUACCUGUGUCGAAAUACACAUGAACCAUGUAUGAAGUCGUAUGCACACAUUUCAUAGUAUGAUAAACGAGCCUCAUCUAGCUUGGAUUUACAGUUUCGAUAUUAAAACUAACAAGUACGGAUUCAUAUGUACUUCUGGAUUAUCAAGGAAAAUGAUAGCAAGGAUAUGUAUCGGACAAUGCUGAUUGAACAUCCUAUACACCAGUAGUUCUUAACGAACCACAUAGGUUACAUGUAGUUACCAGACAUUUGUUGACAAAUUGGAACCUGAUGCACAUACAAAUAUAAACAUAUCGUCUCAGCAUCCUUUAACACGCCGGACGAAAUUUAUCGACGAAGUACAUGUUGAGAUUGCACAUGUACGAUGUAAACAUAUAUUGAAGAACAAACAUUAAAUUAGCCGUUAUGUUUCUUUCGUAUUUUGACAUCACACAUCCAUGCCGCUCUAUCGUUAUUUUCAAUAAACCGUGUUCGUUGUCUUUUUAAACUCAAGGUAAACGCUGCUCACAUUUGGACAAGGACAACAACCUAGUGUCUAUAUAAUUGACAACAUGUAUGUUCUCUCUAACUGACUUAGUUAUUGCUGAUUUUUUUAAAAUGUUUGUUCUGCGUACAGAAAUAAUGAACGUGAAGUUGAUAUCAAUGCGCUUUUUGAAUAAUUAAAAUAAGUUAACUACUCGGUGUUAUAUUUAGCAUAUGUCAUCUGAUAAAGCUUUCACUAAGCUUGUUUAUUCAUUUUACCAACAGUUAAAACAUUACUUUAACGAAAACCAACAUUUCUUUUAUGUUUUUGGGUUUUUUCAUGCAUUUCUAAACACAUACCAAGCGAUUAGUCUUUAUUCAUUCACUCAAUAAACUACAAUGUAUUUUCAUUGAUAUUAACCUAUGACAGCUAGUUAAUAAAAUCGUCACAAUUAACUUUUGUUUGUAAAUACUGUCUGUAAGCCGUAUUGUAUUGUGUUGAUUAGGCUACACUGUUACACAGUGAAAUAUGACGUACAAACAGUCUAUCAACAUCAAAACCAAAACAUUGAAUAUACUAUAAGCUUUACAUUUAUUCACAAACCCUAUUGAAAAGGUAGCACACUUUUGAUAUUGCACCAAUGAUAGAUCCUUUAUACCUAUUUCUAAACUGCAUAUGCCAAAAGUCAGGAGUGCGGUAGGUUUGGUAUUUCGGUUAUCUAGCUGUUCUAUUCAGUGGUAUGACACUAUGAAGAGCCGUUAGAAAUACGGACUCAUAACGAGUAAACACUGCAGACACACACCUCAGAACGUCACUAGUAUAAGCCGGUUCUUCUGCUUAGGGAAGGACUUUCAUCUAUUGACAAAAACGUAACUAAAACAGCAUGCCUACUUUAUAUCUUUUUGUGUAUUUUCAACAAAAACGUUUUACAGAUAUCUCAUUUUGAAUAUUUAUAAUAAAGACUCGUCCAGCUUUAAUCAGCCUUUGGAUAACUGAGUCGGGUGAUUUAAGAAGUAUAAUCAAUUAAUAUGUGGAACCCACUAAUGGAAAAACUGCACGAUUGCGUUUUAGAAAAGUAAUGAAGUACUGACACAAAAAUAUACCAAAUGAUCGGCCUUGAUAUCCCUUUACCCAACCCGAUUGCAAGAACAUGUGUUCGUCUUCAAGUCUAUUCUGUCAAUAAAAGCUGUAUUUUUUACUUAAAUUUUACAAUAACCAGGCUGUUCUGUUAUGAAUCGGGAAAUAUAUUAAAGAUUUAGUUAAAAUUUGGAAAAUUUUCCUCAUAUUUUGUUCAUUUGGAAAAAUUAAGGACCUCUUGCUCGGAGAAAGCAGCCUGUAGUCGGCUGUAAAUCUAAGCAAAAAUCACUUUAAAAAAAGUAUUUUAUUUCAUUUAUACCAUCUGCUGAUGUUUGACCUAGAUAAUAUUAUCUAUAUGAUUUUAGUGUAGACUAUUUAGGGUUAUAUUUAUUUCUAAUUAAAAAGAUUCAAUAUCAGAGUUCUACCCUUUGUUGAAAUAUGUCGAGUGGAUUUGUUUAUUGUGGAUAGAUUUAUGUUUACAUAUUGAUAUUAUGAUUUUAAUAAAGUUAUC